UCAGGCCCGGUGUGGAUGCAGGUUCCUCCGGCACCCCACGCUCGGAGCCCCCAGCCGCGACCACAGACGCCCCCUCCUGAGCCCUCCAGGAUUCUUCCCACUCUGGCACCCCUCCGCGGCCCCGCACGCCCCCGGUUCUUCCUCACGCCAGCGCCCGGGACUCCUUGGCGGACCGCCUGGUUGUCAUCCCAGUGCAACGUCAGCUUAAAGAAGCAGAGGAGCCGCGGCAUCCUCAGCUCCUUCUUCUGCUGCUUCCGUGACUACAAUGUGGAGGCGCCGCCCAACAGCAGCCCCAGUGUGCUUCCGCCCCUGGUGGAGGAGAACGGUGGGCUUCAGAAGGGUGACCAGAGGCAGGUCAUUCCCAUACCAAGUCCCCCAGCUAAAUACCUCCUUCCAGAGGUGACGGUGCUUGACUAUGGAAAGAAAUGUGUGGUCAUUGAUUUAGAUGAAACAUUGGUGCACAGUUCAUUUAAGCCUAUUAGUAAUGCUGAUUUUAUUGUUCCGGUUGAAAUCGAUGGAACUAUACAUCAGGUGUACGUGCUCAAGCGGCCCCACGUGGAUGAGUUCCUCCAGAGGAUGGGGCAGCUCUUCGAGUGUGUGCUCUUUACUGCCAGCCUGGCCAAGUACGCAGACCCCGUGGCUGACCUGUUGGACCGCUGGGGCGUGUUCCGGGCCCGGCUCUUCAGAGAGUCCUGCGUCUUCCACCGUGGGAACUACGUGAAAGACCUGAGUCGCUUGGGCCGGGAGCUGAGCAAAGUGAUCAUUGUGGACAAUUCUCCUGCCUCGUACAUCUUCCAUCCCGAGAAUGCAGUGCCCGUGCAGUCCUGGUUCGAUGACAUGACGGACACAGAGCUGCUGGACCUCAUCCCCUUCUUUGAGGGCCUGAGCCGGGAAGACGACGUGUACAACAUGCUGCACAGACUCUGCAGCAGUUGGAUACACACGGAGCUGUUUGGGAAUUUUCUUUGCUGCUACCGCGCUGCCACCAAAUGGAAUUGACCAGCGGCUGUUACACUGUUCUUUGCCACUGUGCCUAUGCUCAGAAUCUGCUCACUGCUAAGCUGCAGACAUGGAUAGGGUCAGAAACGUAGGUCCCCCUCCCAACCCUCCCCCCACGGCAGACUGCACCAACCGUAACCCUUCCCUGGCACUGGCCAUGGGAGUUCAGGAGGGAGCAAAGACACGGGGGCCAGCGCACCAGGCAUGGCAUUCAUUCUAAACGGCAGCCAUCAUCAGAUACCGUGAUGAGCUGACUGUUGUCCUUUGAGAACCUGUGGCCUCAACCAGCCACCGCACUGAUGUGGCCCAAGUCCACUCCUGGUCUUCUCUUUUGAAGCACAGCCUCUUUCUGAGCCGGGGUUGGGGAAGCCUGUCCAGAUGUGGAUGGAGCUCAUUGCCCUGAGUCAGGGAGAGACAGGGUGCCCUCCCUGGGCUGGGGCUUCCUUUGCAGCCUUUCCCAGUGAGCUGUUCUAAGCAGUGCCAUGUUCCUUGUUUGACAAGACAGUUUAUAAAGUAUUGCUCUUAAAAAUAAUUUAAAAGAACCCUGUCGUGUUGGCACCAUUGCCUUAGUCCUCUGUGGGUUGGGCCUCCGCCAGAGCUCUGGUGGGAGAGACUGGCACUAACAAGUCUGGAGAUGGGGGUCAAAGUAAAAUUUUCUCCUGCUUUUGUUCACAAAAUAAUGAAGCCAGCUGCCAGUCCCAUCCUCCCAACAGCACUUUAGGCUGUGGACUGCCAUGUGUUCAGAAGACAAGUGUUUGGGGUAAUCAGGUGCCCCAGCAUUCUGGGUAUGCAGAACCCAGUAAUCCCCAUGCCAGUUCCAGCAGAAAUAGCCCCACGCUAGGCAUUACCACAGAGAACGGCAUUAUGUGGCAGAUCUGCACAUGCCCUCAACCUUGAUUUGGAAAACUAGUCAUUAAUGAACCCGCUGCCUUAAAUGUUCUUGAAUGUUGCAGUCAAGUGUCUGUCCUGUGUUGAAAUCCACACAGAAAUCAGUCCUGGGGACAGCCUUCGACCCUCCCCCCUGCCCUAUUCUCUGCCGGCAUCACGUGGUCUUCUCUGGAAUAGGGGGCAGAGAGGACGGAAAUUCUAGAGUAUUUCAGGGGAAUUGAACCUAGGAACAGUGUCCCACUUCUGAGAGCUGGAGUGAAGACGCUGGCAAGCUUGAGCCAGACACUGCACCUAGUAGUUCCUGAAACCGCGAGCGCCAUUGCACGACUGUUGGGGAUGGAGCCCGGUUCCAGCCAUUGCAGACUCAGACUGUCUCGGGGGGUGCCAGCCCCUCCUUCCCCUCUCCCCGAGCCUUCUGGAUUCUGUGCACCUUAGUUGACCACACUCCAAAAUGCCAUUUUUAUUUUAACCCUUGAUUCUGCUUUAUGUACAUAAUCAGAAUAUCUAUAUCUCUCUAUAUAUUUUUAAUCAUCUACAUGUAAAUGAAGCAAUAGAAUUCUAACAUAAGGCCAAGAAAUGAGAUGAAUGUUUGGGGUUUAUGUUUUUUAAGGUAAAUACGGGUAUUGUUUUUAAUUAUUACCUUUUAUUAAAUUGUGGGCUUUAAAACCUAAUGAACCCUAUUAGCUACUUCUCUGUGCCAUAUGCUUCCCAUGUUACCAAAAUAUCCCCCCCACACACACACGCACGCACUCUUCAACCAAAAGGGAAACCCAGCCUCCUGAGUUUCUUGGUCCUUUGUGUACCAGGUUAAAAUACAGGCUCCCGGACAAGUAUUUUUUAUAUUAAGAUCUGGGACAAGAGAGCUUGGGUCAUGGACUUGGGCCCCUAUGAUGUGACAUCUCUGGCCAGGCUGUGGGUGGCAGUGCCUGGGCCCAUCGGAGGUAGUCACUGCCCUGUCUUCCAUUGCUCUGGACCCUAUGUGUUGGUCUGUGGCUUCACGCAUUAGCUGUUUGUAAACAGUGUUAUCUGUAUCCUAAGGAGGAACGCAGCAUGUCACAGCCGAUGGUUGGUGGGAAGCUCCUUUGACACUCCAGUUUUGAUGAGGUGACUUUGGAGAAUCGAAGAGGCCCUGAUGACACUGAUCUGUCAUGGUUGCAGCAUUUGAACUUCUGGUGUAAAAAAGAAAUCUGUAAAUCUAUAACCUGGCAACCCUUUACAAUCCUACAUUUUAAAGACGGCUCUCUAAUAAAAUCUAGAACCACACAGCCCUCUAUGGUCAAACACUCGUGACGUUUGUGCCUCUGCUUUUAAAGGUGCUGCAAUGGGCAGUUGGCAUGCCAGGGUUCGAGAGGGUGGGUGGCUUGAAGUGCUCACAGUUACCUGAGCAAGCUCUUAACGGCUGCCUCUGUUCCUGUCUCACUGUAAAACUGAUGGUGUCUGUAACUGUCCGUUCUCCAGGGAGCUUCUCAGCAGACUAACACCCCCCAUCCCCCCCCCCACCCCGUAGUGGAGAUUCUGGUGCCUGGGUAGUCGUGGAUUUCUGUUGGACAUUUGAAUGUGACAAACAAGCCAGCAUAGUACUUGGGAAAUACUACAUGUGGAAUGUGCACGUUUCCAGGGGCGAGCAUUGUCCGGUCGAGAGGUUUGCAAUGAUUUCCUUCCUGCCAAAAAUAAACACGUGAAACUGC